AUGGACAACAUAAGAUCAACGGUGACCGAUACACAAUUGUUUCAAGUGGCUAAACGACAAACAAAACCAUAUCGACGAUUUUUUAGUAAAUUUAUGAAUGAUUGGUCAUUGGAUUUUUCAGCCAUGUUAGCUUAUAAUCUAUUAAUUGCUUUAUUACCCAUUGCUGUAACAUUAUUUGGAAUAUUGGCCAUUGUUGCUGGUAAUAAUGUUGGUUUUCAAGAUACAAUUAAAAAAAAAAUUAUAGAUGCAUUUCCGGAUAAUACGACAAAAGAAGCAUUAGGACAAAUUAUAGAUUUGGCAUUUAAACAAUUGGUGCGAGAUGCUGGUUUUAUCUUAGUAGUGGGUAUUAUUUUUGCUAUAUUUGGUAGUUCAAGACUAUUUUUAGCCAUUGAUCGUUGUAUGACAAUUACAUAUCGUUUACAAGAACGUACAUUUUUAAAACAAAAUUUACUUGCUUUGGGAAUGUUAUUUUUAUUUAUUAUUUUAAUACCAAUUAUGAUAGCUGCGUCAUCAGCACCAUCAUUUUUACUUGGACUUAUUACAAAUGGUGGAGGUCGUUUUGGAACAUAUUUAGCCGGAUUAAUUGCAAGUGUAGUGGUCGGAUUUAUUCUCUUUGAAAUAAUCUAUUUUAUUGUUCCAAAUAAAAAAAUGACAUUAAAACAAACAUGGUGUGGUUCUUUGGUGGCUGCUAUUGCUUUGGAAAUAUUUUUAAUUUUAUUUCCUCUUUAUGUCAGUAAAUUAAUGACAAAUUAUGCUGGUUCAAUUGGUUUUGCUGUUAUUCUUCUAUUAUUUUUUUAUUAUUUUGCUGUUAUUUUAAUUUUGGGAGCUCAAAUUAAUGCUUUCUUUUUCGAACAUAUACCCGGUUUACCAGAUAGUUUGGGUACAUAUGUGAGUAAAACAUUUGGUGAAUAUAUGAAUGAUGAUGGAGAUGGAGAUGGAGAUGGAGAUGAAACAACACGAAAAGAAGCCUACAAUAGGCGAACAAAUGAUAGUAGUGAUCUAGAAAAUGAAACAGUGAUUCAUAUCGCUGAUCCAACACGUUGGUGGAACAAAUGUUUCCCAUCAAGAGUGGGAACAAAUUAA